CCUUUGGCACUUUUCAGCACUAUUCUUCAAUUGAGCCGGAGAAAUUUAUUUAUUUUUGUUUUUUCCUCUAAAUGUUUAUUUUAUGCCACCAAAUUCGGUUUUCAGAGAAAUAUAAUCAAAAGGCUAUCAUCAAAUAUAAAUAAAAGUAUUUGAGAGACUGAUAAACGUGUUGGUCUACCAUCUGAAUUUCUAACAAGAUGGGAUGUUGAUGAGUUUUAAUGCAGAUACAGUCAAACUAGCAGGUUAUCUCAAAACAAACUACAAAUAUGUCAUCUUUGCGCCUAAGCAAACAGCAGCGCGACCAUUUGGGUCUGCUCCAGAGACCCGCCGCCGAUGUGGUGGAACUGUGCAAGUCCGCAUUCGAUUACCUGAUAAAUGGACCCAAUCUCGGCCGCUACGAGACGUUGGCCAAGAAGUACUCGGAUUCGGGGAGCGCAGAAGCAGUACAGCAGACUGUGGAGGCGCUGAUAUCCUUGUUGAUAAGCGUGACAACCCGGGUGGGUAAUGGCUCCGUCAACAUGCAGGCGAUACUGCGCCAGACUUUCCCUGAUCUCGGCGACGAUGUGCUGGAGGUCCUUGAACAGUUUGUUACCAGCAAGCGAAAUUUUGUGGAGGGCUCGAUCAAGUCGGCCAAUAUACGUGCUUAUCGGCUGGUCAACCUGGACUGGCGACUGGAGGUACGCACCGCUUCACGUAGUCUGCUGGAGCAGUGUCAUGUGGUUGUGACCAUGAAGCUAUACCUACACACCGAACCCAAGAACGAAAACCGCGAACUGCUGGCCGUGGAUAUAUCCGGACGCAGUGAAGCGGAGCUGAAGGCCAUGCAGGAGGACGAGCGGUUGCAUCGAAAAGAUCUGCUGGUGCAGACAGAUGUCAGCAGCCUGGUGCACAUGAUCAAAACGCUGGAGGAUGCGCUAGCCGAAUCCAAGACGCGGCGCAUUCGCAACAUAGUCGAUGCCAUACACUGAUAUGACUCCAGAACUCACACUCUUGUUAACGCUAAUUUAAUCUGGACCAAUUUAUUACUAUUAAAGCUAACUAGAAAAGGGA